CGUGCCUCGAUGCAUGAUUCCUUGCCUACAGAUGCGGCGCGGGCCGCAGUCCCCGGUGCAGGGCGCGACGUCCCCCGGGUUGGGGUCGGCGCCGCAGGAGGACGCCCCCACGUGGUCUUCGCUGCGCGCCAAGAUCCUGUCGUUCACCAAGGGACGCGGCAAGACACAUGGGGUGACCAGGACGCCUUCUGAGAAGCGCCCCCCGCCCCUGCGCUCCCCUGGUCCCCGCUCCCCCACCUCCCGCGGGCCCCGCUCCCCUACCAGCCGAUCCCCCACCUCCCGCUCCCCCACCCGCUCACCCACCGCCAAGACGCCCCCCGUCAAGUCCCCCACGCAGCGGUUCGCGCCCCCAGGCCUGCUCACCCGCGUGCCCCUCACCCGCCCCAUGCCCCGCGAGGCCGCCCCCGCGCCCCCCGAGGCCUCUGAGGGCAUGGCUGGGCGCCGUGCCCUCAUGCGGCGCUGCCUGAAGAAGGCCUUCAGUCUCAACCUGGAGGUGGGUGAGGGCGGCGAAGCGGCAGGGAGCGGGGGUGGGGGUGGGGGCGGCCGCAAGGUGCAGCUGAAGCUGAAGGGCGGCCCUGGGGAGCAAGUGGUGGAGCUGACACAUCUGGACGAGGACGAAGCGGAGGGCGCGGCGGGCAGGAAGUGGUCAUUUCAGGGCGGCUCCGUGCCGGGUUCCCCCGUGGAGGUGGAGGCGCCCAAGCGACACCAUUCCUUCAGCUCUGCCGGCAGCGAGAAGGAGGCUGGCCAGGCGGGCAUUGUGGUGUCCUCCACGGAGCUGGCCGGGCUGCUGGGACCCCGCAGACACCUCUCACCUCCAGGGGCGCCUUCCCCGCCACCCACGCCGCCUUCUGCCGGCGUGCCGCGGCGCGGUCGGUCUCAGAGCAUCGCUGCGUGCUGGGACAACAAUCAGCAGGGCGGCACGGGGGCGGGGGCUGGCGGCCCCCAGGCGCCCAUCACCAUCCGCCGCACAGACUGUGACUACGAGUCCGCGCCGCGCUCCGCGCCCCUGGAGGCGCCCCGGGAAGAGGAGGGCGAGGAGGAGGAGGAGGGUCGCGGCGGCCUGCCCUGGGAGGCCUCUGGGGGUUGCGGGCUGGACGCCUCGCUGCUGGGCUCCGCCAUCGAACACUUCCUGAAGACGACGCGCAGUGAGGAGCAGGAGGGCCUGGUCCCCACGGCGGCGCCGGCGGCGGGGUUGCAGGUGAAGUGACGU